CAAAAACGCUCGCUCAUCCUCACCGAUGGUGUGCAGAACAAGGGGGACAUAAAAAAACCUUCUGAAACUGAAAACAUCCAUAUCCUUUUCUUAAACAAAAAAAAAUCCACAACAAAAAAUUCAUCAUGAGCUACGAUUCCUACAUCUCCUACCGCCGCCCGUGGGACAGCUACAGAAGCUCCCAAGCCACCACCAAAUCCUCCAUGUCUUCCUCCCUCUUCUCUUCUCCUCGAGGGCCCCCGUAUGGGAAGAGGAUCCUGAGGCUGGCCUCCUCUUCCCUGCCGGACGGGUCUGAGCGGAUGGACCUGGCUCAAGCCAGUUCCCUAAACUCAGAGCUGCUGGGCCUGCGCUCCCAGGAGAGGGAGCAGCUAGUGGACCUGAACGACCGCUUCGCCACCUACAUCGAGAAGGUGAGGCACCUGGAGCUGCAGAACCGAGCCCUGCUGACCGAGCUGGAGGCAUUGAGGAGGCGGCAGAAUGACCCGUCCCGUCUGCAGAUGCUCUAUGAGGGCCAGGCACGCAGUUUGAGGGCCAUGAUAGAUUCGGAGAAUGGGGAGAAGAUGCGGAUGGAGGCGGAGAGAGACUACCUGCAUGAUGUGUAUGAGCAGAUGAAGGAGCGCUAUGAGGAGGAGUUGAGGCGGCGUAUGGAUGCUGAGGAGACCCUGCAGAGGGCCAGGGAGGAGGCUAGCAGGGCCGCGCUCUCUAACUGUGAUGCCGAGGCCAGCGUGGCCUCUUUGUGUGACGAGAUGGCGUUCCUGAAGAAAGUGUUUGCAGAGGAGCAAGCAGAGCUGCAGGCCCAGCUGCAGGUGGCUAACAUCAGCGUGGAUGUGGAGGUGUCCCGGCCCGACCUCUCCACCGCCCUGCGAGACAUCCGGGCACAGUACGAGCGGCUGGCAAACAAGAACAUGCAGGCCGCUGAGGACUGGUACAAGAGCAAGUUUGCGAGUGUGGCGGAGAUGGCCAGCAAAAACAACGAGGCUGUGCACGCCAUCCGGGAGGAGACCAUGGAGUACCGGAGGCUGCUUCAGUCCCGCUCCUCGGAAAUCGAAGCUCUCCGGAAUGUCAUCGACUCCCUAAAUAAGCAACUGGAGGAUCUGGAGGAGACGCAGGCCAAAGAGGUGGCAAAGUACCAGAUGAGGAUAAGUGAGCUGGAGCAGGAUAUCACUGACGCCAAGCAGGAGAUGGCGCGCUACCUGAGGGAGUACCAAGACCUGCUCAAUGUGAAGAUGGCUCUUGACAUUGAGAUAGCUGCAUACAGAAAACUUCUGGAGGGGGAAGAGAUUCGCCUUGCUUACCCUUCCCUUCCUGCCCUAAGCUAAACCUUAAAUGGCACCAGCCUGGCAUAAACCUGAAUUCUUCAUGCCUCAUAUUUUUCCUGCCCUGACCUGAACAUCACCCCUCUCCCUCCCCCAUUUCUCCUAAGUUCUCCCCUCUGUCACCCCCCCCCCCCC